AUGAGGAUCGCGAGUUUCCUCUCGACAAUCUGUGCCGCCGCGCUUGUCGUAGCAGAGCAGCGCACUGCCCAAAUCUACGUUCAGGCUAUCCAGUCCUCACCCUCACUCCCUCAACCCUUAGCCGAGAUCGCCUACGACGCCGGCUCGCUCAUCUCCACCGAGGUUGUUUCCUACGAGGCGCCUGAGCUGCCCGAGACAGCGUCGCUUGUCCGCGUCGGUAUCUACGAUCCCAAGUCUGAGAAAUGGAUUGCUGGAACCACUGCUGCUUCGAUGGAGAACUUUGACCGCGGUUACGCCCCUACAAUAUUGCUCUCUGUGGAUGAGAGCGGUGAUGUGCGCAGCGUGACGCUUAAGGGCGUUAGAGUCGAUGCUGGGCAGACGAGGGAUUUUGGACCCAAGGCGAUUGUGAUCGCAGAUAAGAAGGGCAGCCAACCUGAGCUGAACAAGCCGGUUAUACUGUCACCUGGCGGCAGAAAGGCUGAGGAGGAGGAGCCAAAAUCAUUUUUGCAAAAGUACUGGUGGCUCAUCGCCAUUGUGGUGGUUAUGUCUCUGGCUGGAGGCGAGAAAUAG